AUGAGUCUUCGCCAUGCCAGAGAAGAGGCCAAGGCUUCACUAAAGUUGAUUAGAGGUAUAGUCUCUCUUUGUGGUCAUUGGAUAGAUGCUUUGUUUGAUUUUGGUGCCACACACUCUUUUAUAUCUAAUGAUUGUACCAAGAGACUAAAAUUGCAUGUGCUUGAAAAGCUAUUUUCCAUGAAUGUGUCUAUGCCGAUUGGUGUAUUCGUGAGGACCAAUCGAGCUUGUCUAAAACUAGACUUGAAGUUUGGUGAUAGAGUCACUAUAUGCUUACCUUUGAGUGGCAUUGAUGUGAUAGUUAGGAUGCAUUGGUUGUCUGCCAAUGGUGUGACACUUUACUGUAAUAGAAAGACAGUCUCCUUAUCAGUUUACACAGCAACAGCAGUUAACCUUGAACCUGUUAAGUCAUUGUCAGUAGUGGAUUAUGGGACUUCUAAGUUCUUGAUAGCCUUACAAGUAGAGAAGUUAGUGAAAGAAGGGUAUCAAGCUUUCAUGAUCUACUGUUCUAUACAUGAAGUGUACGAUAAGGGAAUUCACAGAAUUAGUGUAGUGAAUGAGUUCCUAAAGGUGUUUGAUGACUAA